AUGGCUGCCGCAGUAGGCAAGUCGGAGGAGCCGUCGAGGGACGGUUCCGCCAGCUCCAUUGCGACCACGCCCGAGCCUGAGGCCGAGUCUUAUACCGCGCAGGAACACCCCCAGCAGCAGCAGAAGCGCAAGGGUGGGCGUAAACCUAAUUGCACCGUCCGCGCCAUGUCUCGCCCUCCACUAACCAAGCGUCGCAAGAUCUAUGCCACCUCUGAGGAGCGCAAGCAGCGGAACCGGCAGGCCCAGGCCGCCUUCCGCGAGCGCCGCACCGAGUAUAUCAAGCAAUUGGAGAGUACAAUCAAGCACCACGAGGAGACGCUGCAAACCCUGCAGCAGAACCAUCGCAGUGCUGCCGAUGAAUGUUUGAUGCUGCGCUACAAGAACUCGUUGCUGGAGCGGAUCCUGCUGGAGAAAGGUAUUGAUGUGCAGGCGGAGCUUCGUGCGAAGACUGGCAGUCCGCACCUUGGCCCGGCCCGCGUGCCGCCUCCUGGAUCCGCGCCUCAACCGCCGCCGAUGCAGCGUGCGAUCAUGAACCGACAUCAGCAAGCAAGGCGCUCUUACCAAGGCUUCCCGCAAAAGGUUGAAGGUGUGCUUGGCUCGCCGCUUGCUCAGCCCGAUGGUGCUGUUCCAAACCAUUCACCACAUUCACAGCCUACCCCAGCUUCCCACAUAUCGUCGCCCUCGACCACGGCGACCAAGUCCCCAAACUUCAUCCCCACAAUUUCCCCAAACAUUGGUCCUGUGUCUCAGUCUCAACAGCAGCCCCCGCUGCGACCGCAGCCCCCGCCGCCUAGAUCGCAGUAUAAUCCCCUCCCGGGGCACCGACACUCGCUCAGCGCGCAGUACCCCUCGACCGGCGGCAUGUCAGGCGCAUCGGCAUCAAGUGCAGCAGGGAACGGUUUGACGGGCACUGCGAAUGGUGGAGGACCGUCCUCGUACUACCCGUCGCCGUUCCAAAGCCACAUGGAUCAGCUCGGCAAGUUGUCCCGUCCCAUUUUGCGUGCUCUUAUGCAUAGAGCUUUUACAGAACAGGAGUACGAUGCGCAAGCCGACAUGAUCGACGACCAAGACCCCAGCGAACGCUCCGCCGGCACCGGCCCUUAUUCGCAAUCCUUUCCGCCGCACAUACAACCUCAGACGGCCCCGCACCUGCAGGCCCAGGGCUCGGGGCAAUUGGUGCCCCAGCAGUAUCAGAACGGGGAUUCGCAGUACACCUCGCCCGCCGCGCUGCAGCCAGCAGACGCCCAUGGCAACAACGCCAUGUACGGCAACCUGAACCACGGCUUCGACCCUUACGACCCGAUUCUCGAUGCAGAUCCGUUUGGCCUGUCAGCCAGCAUGCACUUCCCGACGCAGUUCUCGUACCAGGCGAGUUGA